AUCUCUCUCCCCUAUAAAUUAUCUCCUCACUUCUCUCCCCGUUCACCGUUCUCUCUCUCUCUCGAACAAUUUCAUUAAUCUCUCUCUCUACCUCUCUCUCUCUCUCUCUCUCUCCCUACAUUACUUAAAAUCUCUACGGGAACAAUUGUAUACCGACAGACAUGGGCUUCCCACUGGGCUACACAGACCUCUUCUUCCCCAAGCUCCUAAUCCACACUCUCACACUCCUCAGCCUGCUCCGCAAAUUCAUCUCUCUCCUUCUCCGCACUCUCGGCCUCUCCGACUUUCUCGAGCCCGAAGUCUCCUGGUCAACCCGACCCGACUCCACCGUCGACGAGUACUCCUGCGUCUCCGCCGCUCUAAUGCGCGAGUUCCUCCCAGUCGUCAAAUAUUCAGACAUAACCGACGCGCCUGACAGCUGCGCUGUCUGCCUGUACGAUUUCACGCCAACCGAUGAGAUCCGACGGCUGACAAACUGCCGACACGUGUUCCACAGGAGCUGUGUGGACCGUUGGAUGGAUCAUGAUCAGAAGACGUGUCCGCUUUGUAGAACGCCGUUUAUUUCGGGGGAUUUGCAAGAUGAGUUCAACGAGAGGCUGUGGGCUGCUUCGGGAAUCUCGGAUUAUUACGGAGAGUACUCGCCGAUUAGUUCGAAUUUGUAGGCUUUUUUCGAGAAAAAUAUAGAUACAGAUGUGUAUAUGUAAUGAAAAGAAAAAAAAUUAGAAGGGGGUGAAAAAAAGGUGUAUAUACAGGGAGUUGAUAUGCUUCUCUUUAAUGAAAAUGAUAUCGGCUUAGUUUUUUUUAUUUUAA